AUGGAACUAGAGAUAUUCGACGAUGACCUGGAUGCUGAGGGAAUGAUGAAGAUAUUAGUUAUUGGUGGCGUUAAUAAUGGUAAGACAUCAAUAAUAAGUAAAGCAUGUUAUAAUAAUAUGGAGAGUGAGAAGACUAUAAAUACUAUUGGAGUUGGAUUCCACACCAAGAAGAUACAGAUGGAUUCCAAACAGAUAAGAAUGUGCUUCUGGGAUUUCUCAGGGCAAGACAGGUUCCUUUGUUUGACAAGGUGUUACUUUAAUGAAGCCAAUGCAGCCAUUGUAGUCACUGAUGCCUCGAGGCCAAACAGUCUGGAGCUGGCACUCAACUGGAAGCGAGAGCUUGAUAACAACUUUGAAUAUAAAAUACCAACAUUCUUAUUCGCUAACAAGUACGACUUGAUAAAGGAUGAGCCAACUUAUACAGAACAACAACUCAAUCAGAUUACAAGAGAUAAUGGAUUUGAUAAGUGGGCGUAUACAUCUGCCAAGGAUGGACAUGGUAUAGAGGAUGCAAUAGAGGAACUUGUAAGACAGACUAUGAAAGAGUCUUAUCACCAUGUUCGUAGACUUAGACAUGCAUCAAUGCGGGACUCUUUCAAACUGUCCAGUGGUUCACCAAUAAUGCCGCCAACAGUAUUAUUGGGCGCAGGUGGAGGUGGUCAUGGGGUAGCAUCGGAAAAGUGCCAGUUGCCCAAGGAGAAGAAGAGAUGUUGUUCAUGA